GGUAAUUGCUGACGGAUGGAGGGCUGGCAUGCGAACAUUUGAAUAUAUAGUUCAUGGGGAGCAUGUUUGUCUUGCUUUUCUGGAGUGUCUCUUUAUGCUUUUACUGUGCCUUUGGCCUGCUGCUGCUUCGUUCCUUCCCUUGUAUUGUUGAGUACGUAAGCUUUGAGGUUGUAGUGCUUGUAUAUUUACUGGCUUUUUGGGCGGUGAGCUGUAUUCCGACUUUUUGGACGAAACAAACGGUCGUUGCAGAGAUGGAGAAAGAUGGAGAGCAGAAGUCGGUGGAGAAUCAGGAGAUUCAGACUUUGGAGAAAGGUAUCGAUGUUACGGAUACCGAACAUGCUCCCGAUUCGGAGCAUAGAGUUGGACAUCAAGCCGAUGAUAACAUUCAUGUUUCAAUCAGCUGGAGGACUUGGCUCGUGGUCUUUAUAUCAUGUUUCGCCGUAAUGGCUCAAGUCUUCGUCGUCGUCGGAGCCAGCAAUGUCAUUGCUUUCAUCGUCCGUGAUUUAGGUCAACCAGCUCUCGUGGGAUGGAUUAUCCAAGGUCCUUUACUUGUCCAAGCUACUCUGUCGCCCAUUAUUGGUCGCAUUUCUGAUACCGUUGAUCGCAAAUAUCUUGCUUCGAUCCCUCCGAUCAUUGCCUUCGUUGGAGCUGUCGUAUCAGCAAAGGCGAACACUAUGCCGACUUUGAUCGGUGGUGGUAUCCUCAUUGGCUUUACUCUGGCAACCAUUUCCAUUGUCCAGGCAAUUCCAUCUGAAGUUCUUCCCAUGAAGUACAGACCCUUGGCCAACGGUUUUGCUUUCGUGGCCGGUUCUCUUGGUGGACUUAUCGGAGUCCUCGGAGGUGGUGGUCUUACCAACGCGAGCCUCAACGGAUGGAGAGGAAUCUACUGGGUGCAAGCCGCAUUCCAUCUCGCCACUUCCAUCGGUCUCUUAGCAUUCUACUGGCCAAAGAGACCAGAAGGGCGCGAGAAACUGCCUCUUGGGGCCAUGCUCUGGUCUUUCGAUCCCAUUGGUUCUUUCCUGUUCAUUUCUAGCGCGACUUUCCUGUUGCUUGGUCUCGACUGGGCUGGAGGAACCUACAAAUGGCACGAUGCUCAUGUUGCGGCUACUUUGGGAGUCGGUGGAGGUCUUCUUUUGAUGUUCGCUUUGUAUGAGUGGAAGGGACGAAAUGAUGGUUUGGUGCCACACGUUUAUUUCAAAGGUAGCCCGAAUUUUGCUCUAUCUGUUUUUGCUUUCGCCGUUGAGGGAUGGAUCUUCUUCAGCGCGGUCAACAGCGUCACAACUCAGAUUGUGUUGAACCUUGGCUUCGAAAGCUCUGCAUGGAGAAUCUCUGUUCGACAGCUGAGUUUCAACCUGGUGAACAUCUUCGCUUCCAUUCCUAUUGUCUGGUACUCGACCAAGUUCAAAGACAUGAAGGUCCCACUUCUCAUCACCUUCCUAUGCUUCCUCGUCGUCUCCAUCUGCUACGCCACAAUCACACCUUCAAUGAACCACGCUCAGAUCGGCUACAACGUUAUCUCUGGUUUCGGUCAAGCAGGCCCACUGACCCUCCUCGUCGCACUCGUCCAAUUCACAGCUCCCCACGCCUACCUCGCCAACGCGACAGGUCUCGCCUUCUCAGCUCGCGCUAUCGGUGGUGCGUUCGGAUCCGCAGUUGUCAACGUAAUCAUCAACAACAAACUGGCCUCCACCUACGCUACCAAAGUCUCAGGAGCCGCUCUCGCAGCCGGUCUCCCAACCACUUCUGUGGGCCCUCUUCUCAUUGGUUUCAGCUCCGGUAAUUUCACCGCGAUCCCAGGACUCACUCCUGCUGUUCUAGGCGCUGCGGUGGAUGCCAGCCAUAAUGCGUAUGCGGCUGCGUAUAGACUUGCGUGGGCGUCUAUUAUUCCUUUUGUGGUACUGGCUAUGGUUGCUGUGGCGUGUUUGAAGGGAGUCAAGGAUCUGAUGACUGAGCAUGUUGAUGCUACUGUUGAGCAUGUUCAUGUAGUUGAGAGCAAGGCUUGAAAAGCUUAUUAUUGGGAAAUUGUGAGUAGAAAGGAGAUGGAGAUGUGAUUGUUCGCAAAGUGGUGUUUUAUAGCAUAGAAAAUUGUAGUUCUGAACAGGUAUG